ACCGCUGCGCGAGAACCUGCGACACAAAGUUGGCUCGGUCGGCGAUCGCGUGGAGGGUUCCUUUCCAUACUCCCGUUCUCUUACACCCAAUUCGUGUUCUCAUCUUUUGCCGCAGGCCAGACAUUGUCAUCGCCCCUCCGACUCGCAUCGCAUCGCACUCAUGUCGGAAGCCGCCGUUGUCGAUCCGGACGCCAAGACUUCGCCGCCGCCAGGCGCGGCCCCCACGGGAGGCCGGGGAUUCCGUCGCCGCGGAGGCGGGGGAGGAACCGCACCCGGCGACAAGACCUGUUACAACUGUGGCAAGGCUGGACACAUUUCGCGUGAGUGUCCCAACCCCCGUUUGGAAGGGGAAGAACGUGCCGUCAUCAACAAGUCGCGAUCGCAGUACCGCCGUUGCUUCAACUGCGGUAAAAUGGGACACAUCUCGGCGGAGUGCACCAAGCCCGCCGGGAACAAAGCCUGUUACAACUGUGGAGGGGACGGACACAUUUCACGUGAUUGCCCCACCCCGCGAGUGACUCCGGAAACUUCGUAAAACGGGAUCCAGUCCAGUAAACCCACCACCCACACGCCAUUGUUGUUUUUCGUCUCCCCACCCAACAUCACCAUCCUUCCUGUUAUUCCACACGCGCACUAUCAUUGUGUGUUUCACCGUCGUGACUUUCUUGUCGUUUUACUGUUUGCAUGGCCUCGUUUCCGAGGCAGCUCAACAAUUCAUUCGAAAAUAACAACUACCAACCAUAUCUAGUUUAAACAAAUCAUUACAACAGG